UUUGAGUGUCUGCGCAUGCGCGAGCGGAGAAACCCGCAAGUAACGCGCGCUGUUACUUUUGGGUCACCGCAGAGCGCAACCCGAAAAUAUUCAUCCCACUGCUACUUCAACCCCGAGAAAACUGCCUUUCAUCGCUCUCAGACCUUGGGUUACAAGAAUGGCUUUGCGUUUAAGCGGCUUCCAACCACAGGGAUCGGUGGCCAACGGCUGCAUGUCAACCAGUUGUCCCCAGCUGAACUGGAUGAACUGGCCAACAAGAGACCCACUUUGACCUACGGCCAAGCCAAGCAAGCCCCACCUUCAGACUUCAUCCCAGCCCAUGUGGCUUUUGACAAAAAGGUGCUGAAGUUUGACGGUUACUUUCAGGAAGAUGUCCCCAUAUCUACAGAAGAGCAUUUCCGCAUCCGCCAAGUGGGCAUUUAUUAUUACCUGGAAGACGAUAGCAUGUCUGUCAUGGAGCCCAUUGUGGAAAACUCUGGGAUUCCCCAGGGCAAGUUCAUCAAACGCCAACGUCUGCCCAAGAACGAUCGUGGGGACCAUUAUCAUUGGAAAGACCUGAACAGAGGAAUCAACAUCACUAUCUAUGGCAAGACCUUCCGGAUCGUUGAUUGUGAUGCCUUCACCCAGACUUUUCUGGAGAGCCAGGGAAUAGAACUGAACCCUCCGGAGAGAAUGAUUUUUGACCCUUACACAGAGCUGCGUAAGAUGCCUCUGCGUACAUAUGUCACACCCUCAGAUUUCGACCAACUCAAGCAGUUUUUGGCCUUUGACAAGAAGGUCCUUCGCUUCUAUGCCAUGUGGGAUGAUACCAAGAGCAUGUUUGGUGAGAACCGCCGUUUCAUCAUCCACUACUACUUGGCAGACGACACCGUGGAGGUCCGGGAAGUGCAUGAGCGGAAUGACGGCAGAGACCCCUUCCCUGUGCUGAUAAGACGCCAGCACCUGCCCAAAAAGCUUGCAGAGAAGAAAGGACCCUUCCCAACUUGUGUGCUGGAGAUCUCUGAUCAGGAGGUCCUGGAAUGGUUCACGGCUAAAGAUUUUGCCGUAGGCAAAUCCACUACCCUCCUUGGGCGCUCUUUUUUCAUCUAUGAUUGUGAUGAGUUCACGCGGCAGUUUUACCAGGAUAAGUUUGGCAUCACUGACUUCCAUCCAGUCGAUGUAAGGAAGCCACCUCCGGAGGAAAUUAAGCAGGAAAUCCCUCCAUACAACGGUUUUGGUUUCCUUGAAGACUCUCUCCAAAACUGCUUCAGUCUGAUUCCUCAAGCGCCCAAGAAAAACGUUCUCAAGAUGCUAGAGAACGACCGCAAAGUGUUGCGCUAUGCAGUUAGGAUGGAAUCGCCCAAUCCUGAAGACAGUAAGCGUCAUUUUGUGCUCUCCUAUUGCCUCGCCACUGACAUGAUGAGCAUCUAUGAACGACCUAUGCGCAAUUCAGGAAGAAUUGGAGGCAAAUUCCUAGCCAAGACCAGGGUGUGCAAGCCAGGGUCCACUACAGACAUUCCUGUUUACUAUGAGCCAGCUGACUUCACCAUUGGAGCCAUGGUGGAAGUGUUCAGCCACAGGUUCAUCAUCAUAGAUGCUGAUUCAUUUGUCCUGAAGUAUAUGGAAGGCAAUUUGGAGAGUUUCCCACCAGCAGUUGUGCAGUCCAUGAGGGAUCACUUCGCACCUCGCCAGGCAGCAGCUGAGGCAGUAAAGAGCUGAUCGCCCUUUGUUCCCAUGGUGAAAACCAGAUCAGAUACCCCAACUUUCUCAGAGUUUUCGAGGGAUGAACACCAAAAGGUAUAAGCAGCAGCAAAAGGGACUUUUGCAUAUAGAUCAACACGGAUUAAACUGAGCUAAUUCUUGUGCACUUGUUCUGGUCUCUUUUCCCUUCCAUCCUGCAAACUUGGCAGAAACGAACAUCACUGCACGCUCAUUCCAGUUGAAUACCUUAAACCUUCUGAGAAAGAGCUCCCAAAAUUACAAUCACACUAGAUAGAUAGAUAGAUGAUAGAUAGAUAGAUAGAUAGAUAGAUAGAUAGAUAGAUAGAUAUUGGGGGUAGGGGUAGGGAGAGGCCUUUGGACCUAGAUGUGGAAAGUCAUAAACCCUUUUACUUUAAAAGGUAAAGGGACCCCUGACCAUUAGGUCCAGUCGUGGCCGACUCUGGGUUGCAGCGCUCAUCUCGCU